AUGGGGGGUAAGAAAGGCGGGAAAAAAGGCGCAGCAGCUGCGGCUUCAACCGCUCAGCAGCAGCAGCAGCAGGACCAGCAGCAGCAGCAGGACCAGCAGCAGCAACAGGACCAGAAGCAGCAGGACCAGCAGCAGCAGCAGGAGUCUCAGCAGCAAGAGCAGCAGCAGCCCCAGGAGGAAAAGAAGGAUAAGCCAUCAGAAGAGCAGCAGCAAGGACAGCAAAGCCAGCAGCAGCAGGAGCAGCAGCAGCAGCAGGAGCAGCAGCACGACGAAAAGCAUAAGGAUGCAGAUAAGCAGCAGCCUGAUCAGCAGCAGCCUGAUCAGCAGCAGGAUGAACAGCAGCAGCAGCAGCAGCAGCAGCAGCAGCAGGAAGAAGAAGAAGAAGAAAUAACACUAAAAAAAGCACAUAGUGUAGAAAUAGAUGUAUUCAAGGAAGAAAAAGAAGAAAAAGAAGAAAAAGAAGAAAAAAAAGAAAAAAAAAAAAUAAAUAAUAAUAAUAAUGCUAUUAAUAUACUUAAAUUAAUGCAAGAAAAAGAAGAAAAAAGAAAAAAAGAAGAAGAAGAAAAAAAAAGAAAGGAGCAAGAAGAAGAAAGAAAAAGAAAAGAAAAAGAAAAAGAAGAAGAAGAAAGAAAAAGAAAAGAAGAAGAAGAGAGGAAAAGGAAAGAGGAAGAAGAAGAAAGAAUAAAAAAGGAGGAAGAAGAAGAAAAAAAAAGAAAAGAAAAAGAAAAAGAAGAAGAAGAAGAAAGAAAAAGAAAAGAAAAAGAAGAAGAAGAAGAAGAAGAGGAAAAGAAAAGAAAAGAAGAAGAAGAAAGAAAAAAAGAGGAAGAAGAGAGAAUAAGAAAAGAAAAAGAAGAAGAAGAAAGAAAAAGAAAAGAAGAAGAAGAAAGAAAAAGGAAAGAAGAAGAAGAAGAAAAGAAAAGAAAAGAAGAAGAAGAAGAGAGAAUAAGAAAAGAAAAAGAAGAAGAAGAAAGAAAAAAGAAAAAAGAGGAAGAAGAAGCAGCAGCUGCAGCAGCAGCAGCAGCAGAUGAAGAAGCAGCAACAGCAGCAGCAGCAGCAGCAGCAGCAGCAGCAGAGGAGCCACCAAAGAUAAUAGUGCAGCACGUAGAGGACACAAAGAAAGCAUUUGAGGCAGCGCUAAGAAUGUUAAGAGGGGAGGAGGACGAAUCUGCUGCUGCUGCUGCUGCUGCUGCAGCAGCAGCAGCAACAGGAGAAGGAGAAGAAGAGGAAGAAGAAGAAGAAGAAAUACCUUUGCUGCAGCAACUAACAGCAGAACAAAAGAUUGUUGUCAGUAAAUUACAACAAUUAGAUCAACAAGCAAAAAAUAUACAAAAAGAAUUAGAUCAAGAAAUACAAUUACUUAUGUAA